GUGGCAAUGAGAAGAAUGGAGACCAAAUUUUUGGUAAUCUGUCUCAAACUCCUCCUCCUCAUGUACUCCUUUGUCUUUUGUAUCACUGGGGUGAUCCUGUUGGUUAUUGGAGUCUGGGGAAAACUUAAUCUAGGCAUCUAUUUAUCUCUUAUUGCCAAGUACUCUGCAGAUGUUCCCUUUGUGCUCAUUGGAACUGGCACCAUGAUCAUCAGUUUUGGUCUAUUUGGAUGUGUUGCUGCAUGCAGAGGUAGCCUAUGCAUGUUGAAGCUGUAUUCUCUGUUUCUGUCGCUCGUGUUCCUGGCUGAGAUUGUUGUUAGCUUUUCAGGGCUUCUGUUUCAUCGUGAGAUCAAGGCCAUCUUCCUGAAGAUUUACACCAAUGCAGUGCAGAAUUAUAAUGGCAGUGAUGAGAAGAGCCAGGCUGUGGACCAGGUGCAGUACAGUCUGAAUUGCUGUGGUGUGAAGAACUAUACCAGCUGGGAAACCAGCUCCUACUUCCUGGAUCAUGGCAUCCCCCGAAGUUGCUGUAAGGAUAAAAGCGAUUGUAACUCCCAGGAUCUACACAACCUGACUGUAGCUGCCACCAAGGUUAACCAGAGGGGCUGCAGUGAUCUUAUGAUAGGUUUCUUGGAGGCAAACACAAGGACCAUCAUCGGAGUGCUCUUUGCAGUCACAUUCUUGCAGUUGAUUGGCACGAGAUUGUCCUAUUGUCUGUCCCGGUUCAUCAUGGCCCAUCAAUAUGAGACAGUGUGA